CGACGAAGACGUAUCGCAGCAACUAGUCGGUGAAGUCUGCGGCGUCUGUCUGCUCUAGUUUACAGUUCUAUGCUCUAGUGGAGUAGUUGACAGCGCCCCUCCUACAAGCAUUGGCGGCGCAACAUCCGACUUUACAGCAUCGUGAACAAUAACGAGUAUCGUUUACUGCCUGCUUUAAUUGACAUUUAGUGCCACGCUUCUUCACAAACGUUACAACCAUGGCAGGUGGACAGACCAUGGAUAUACUAGCAAAGGUGCUUGAGCAGUCAGCCAAGUUGAUGGAGGAGAAGGUGGAUGAGCAGUUGAACAAGCUGGAUCGUAUGGAUGACGACGAACUGGAUAAACUGAAGGAAAGGAGACUGGAGGCACUCAAAAAAGCUCAGAAACAGAAGCAGGACUGGCUGUCCAAAGGCCAUGGCGAAUACAGAGAAAUACCCAGCGAGAAAGACUUUUUUGGGGAGGUAAAGGAGAGCAAGAAUGUGGUCUGCCAUUUCUACAGAGACUCCACCUUCAGAUGUAAAAUUGUCGACAAGCACCUUGCCAUCUUGGCCAAGAAGCAUGUUGAAACAAAAUUUAUCAAGCUGAAUGUGGAGAAGGCCCCCUUCUUGUCUGAGAGGCUGCAUAUCAAGGUGAUCCCCACCAUGGCCCUGCUGAUAGAUGGGAUAACCAAGGACUUCAUUGUCGGCUUCGGUGAUCUUGGAAACACAGAUGAGUUCUCCACAGAGAUGCUGGAGUGGAGACUUGGCUGCACAGAUGUUAUUAAUUACAGUGGUAAUCGCAUGGAGCCUCCUUCAAUGACAAAGAGACCAGGAACAAAGUUCACAAAGGUGGAGAAGAAGACCAUAAGAGGGAAAGGUUACGACUCUGACUCUGAUUCUGAAGAUGACUGAAUACCACAUUCUCCCUCUUUCCUCCAAUAUCAUGCUCUCCCUCUCAGGGGACAUCACCAUUAUAAAGACAGCGUUUGUAUUUCAUGACCUUUAUUACUACCUUGAUUUAUUCAUUGUUUACGUCUUUCCUUUCCUUAAACAUCUUUCCUUUUCCUUUCACCCCUUUUUGGUUUACAUAUAUUUUUUUUUACAUUCAUCUUUCAAAUGGUUGUAGAAGUCAACCAAAUUCUAUAGAAAAUGUAAGGGUAAAGGAUUUCUCCCUGAUGGUGUUGGUUUUCUUGGUUGGUGGAACAAGUCAAGAACCUUAUGAUAUUCUCCUAACUUAUUGCAAUCCCACCAUGGUAUUGAUUAAAUUAUUUUGGCUUUAUCUGUGCAUGCAGUUAAAGAUGCAGAAGUACUUUUGGAGUUCGGCUUAUUCAGUGCAAAUUACAUUUCAGGCAAUAUUCAAGUGAUUGUGUACCCAAAAUGUAUUUUGUAUAAUUUGGACCCCUAUUUGAACAAAGGAUUAAUGGGUGACUGUGAAAAACCAAACCCCCUCAGUGCCAAUAUGCGACGCAAAAACCUUCAUGUGAAAAAAAAUAAACAAGGACAUGGGUUCCAUUGCAUGUCUGAGAAAGCUUAUUCAUGUUAGGAGUUGAUAAUUAUCCAUCUGCUUAAUAAAAGGCUAAAACUUGA